GGACAGAACCCUGACCUUUGCCCCCGGGUUAUGGCAGUCACGAGGAAAUUUCGUAAUUUUUUGUUUCGUGUGAAAUUUGAACGGAUUUUAGGACUGUCAACUGACGUCUUCUGGUGCACCAGAGCCCAAGCAUGGCCCUGAAAGGGUGCCACCCCACCACCCUGAGGGUAGUGUCCUUCCUCUGCACCUUCCUGACCUUCGGCAGUAUCCUGCCUGUGUUCCUGGACGUGUCAGAUGACUCCCUCUAUGUGCCAAUAGCCACCAUCUCUCCCUCAGGUGUACCAGAAAACGCUACAAAAGAGGUGUCAGUAUGCUGGAACUGGGACAUGGAGCUCGAUCAAGAUGGCCGCUGCCCCUUCUCCUUCCUGUUUGCCGCCGUUGUGAUCAGCGGGACCGUCAUCCUGUGUUCGGUGCUGUCCAACCUGGCUCGGCGGUCCUGCGACUGCUACCAAGGUGUAUCCCGCCGCCCCUGCCUUCGCUAUCUCUUCCAGUUUUCCGCCUUUGUGGGCAACCUGAUGACGUUCCUCCUCCUGGCUGCUUUCGUCGUUCUGAUGUUAGUUUUCAGCUUUGCCGAUGAAGUUAGCAAACAGAGACUGACAGAUAAGAUCCUUGACAAGAUGUAUCACAUCUGGUUUGCCUUGGUGUGUCUGGGCACUCUGCUGUCUUUCACAGCCACGGUACUGAGUGGCGUGGAAAGUGUGCAGCGACGUUCGUCUGACUGGCUGGAAUACUCUAAUUCCCAGUUGCUUAUGUACCAUGCCAGUCUCAACUAUGGUGACUUUUGAACAGUUUUGUGAACACAAAAAGCAGCAUUGAUUUUGAAGAUCUAAAUGAUCUAGAAGUCAGUAAAAAGAAACUGCAAUAAAUUCUGAUCAUAUCUUAUUUUUGUAUAUUUGGUUUGUAAUUUUGAUUUACCAGUAUCAAAAGAGUUAAAUAGAUCUGUAGAAGGCUCAAAAUUUUCUCCAAAAUCUAUUUUCAGGAAGGUGUGCAAAAAGAAAAAUUGAUGAAGUCUGUGGACAUGUAGCUGUGACAAUGUCAGAAAUUUAUAGAGCUGUAUUGGCUAUCUUGCUUAAAUUUUGUACUGCAAUGAUGGUAAGCUGAUAAGUGUUGAAUUUCAUUGUAUUAUAAGAUACUUGUUGCAUAUAUAAGUAGUGUUUCAGAGGACACCUUGGUGCAAUAACCACUGUGACAUGUAUGUGAUCAUGUACAUAACAUGAUAACAAUAUUGAUAUUGUGCUGGCAAUGAACAAAUCUUUACAAAUGUACUUGAUGUGUAAUGUAGUAUGAGCUGCAGUUAUAGAUAUUAUCAAUGCAAUAUUUAUUAGCAGUUAGAAAAAUAUUGACCUUCCAAUAUGCAUAUUGAUGCAAUUAAAGUUUCCAAAGUGAGAACUA